GUGGAUAUUGCCCGUACGUAUAUUUUAAGUUGCUCUACCUGGCACUUGGAUUGGAGAUCGAUUGGGUACCGACGUAUGUUCCAUUCUUAUCUCCCCACUUGCCGCUGGGUGUCAAAACGUUUUCCAACGUGCCAAGGGCCUCGGAGGAAAAAACCAAUGGAUUCUGUACAAUCAAUCCACGUAUUCUGGGCGCCGAGAAACUGGAGACGGUAACCGCCUUGAAGGCUUCCCACUUCGCGCCACUUUUAAUCCUCCAACGGCUCUUUGCUACAGGUGCUAUCUACCGUAGUGGCACAACAAUUACUCUAUUUGUCCACCUUUUUACAUGUAAAAAGUACAGACGUUGAACAUCACAUCACAUACACGCCCCCUCAAACAGUGGACAAUGGCUAGGCACAGUGCACCCUCGAGUAAGAUACCCAACGCAAUGGGUCUGCCAAGACUGGAGGCUGCCAAGAGGAUGCUGUUCACAAGAUAUCGUUUUCUUUGCCGGCCUUCUUCAUCGCACACCGGUGGUACAUGGCUACGUAAUAUGUGAAUUAUCCCUGCUUUGAAUCUUUUCGCCAGAAGAUGCAAAUGGAACAAAAACCCCCUCCGGAGUGACCUCUUUUUUUUCUCUUUGCUUUCAGUUGUUCGUUACUUUUUUUUUGUUUUUGUUUGUCGGCUCUUCACCAUCCCAUGUCUUGUUCCGCCCUGCUUUCCAUCUAGAAAGCAAACAGACAAGGCUGAACCCCCCGAGAAGAAGAAGAAGAGAAGAGAAGAAGAAAAAGAAAAGACGAAAAAGACGAUUUCCACCAUGGGCAAGAAAAACUCCGACGACGCUGUCGUCCGAGUUUCGGGCCAGUCCAACGAACCGCUGUCCCGUCCGAUCCACGCCCUCACAGUCGCCCAAUUCCUCGAGGAGAUCAAGGGCGACGCCGAAGAUGGCCUCAAGCCGGAGGAGGCCAAGAGGCGCCUGGAGCAGUACGGCAACAAUGACUUUGGCGAGGGCGAGGGCGUCUCUGCCAUCAAGAUUUUUGUUGCGCAAAUUGCCAACGCCAUGACUCUUGUUUUGAUUCUGGCCAUGGCUGCCAGUUUCGGUAUCGAAUCCUGGAUAGAAGGCGCCGUUAUCGGUGCCGUCAUCCUGCUCAACAUCGUCGUUGGUUUCUGGCAAGAGUUCAAGGCUGCCAAGACGCUCGACUCUCUCCGGUCUCUGAGCUCGCCCACGGCUCGUGUUAUUCGUGAUGGCGCCAACAUUACCAUCCCCACGGCUGAGAUUGUCCCCGGUGACAUGGUUGAGCUCAAGACUGGUGACACCAUUCCGGCUGAUACCAGGCUCAUCGAGGCAGUCAACUUCGAAACCGACGAGGCCCUCCUCACCGGAGAGUCUCUCCCCGUCCGCAAGGAGGUCGACAAGGUGUUUGACGACGAGACCGGUCCCGGCGACCGUCUCAACGUCGCCUACAGCUCCUCGACCGUCACCAAGGGACGCGCGCGCGGUGUCGUGUUCGCCACCGGUCUGGCUACCGAGAUCGGCAUGAUCGCCGCGGCGCUCCGCGACAAAAAGUCCAAGCGCCGCCCCGUGAAGCGCAAGGAGGACGGCAGCGCGUCGCCGCUCCGCCACGCCCAGGCCUGGACCCUCACCUUUUCCGACAUGGUCGGCCGCUUCCUCGGCGUCAACGUCGGCACCCCGCUCCAGCGCAAACUUUCCCAGCUCGCCGUCCUCUUGUUCUUUGUCGCCAUCGUCUGCACCAUCAUCGUCUUGGCGGCAAACUUUUUCAGGCCCAGGCAGGAGGUUAUUAUUUAUGCCGUCGCCACUGGUGUCAGUAUGUUGCCUGCGUCCCUGGUCGUGGUUCUCACAAUCACAAUGGCUGCGGGCACCAAGCGCAUGGUCCAGCGUCACGUUAUCGUCCGUAACCUGAAGAGUCUGGAGGCUCUGGGUGGUGUUACCAACAUUUGCUCCGACAAGACAGGUACCCUCACCCAAGGCAAGAUGGUGGUCCGCAAGUCGUGGGUGCCAGGCCGUGGAACCUACAGCGUGGGCACGACCAAUGAACCGUUCAACCCCACGGUUGGCGAUCUCAGCCUGACCUCGAGGGAGCCGCGAGAAAUCCCCAGCGACGAAAAGGACACGGGCAGCGCAACCUUUGACGCGGCGCAGGCGACCCAGGACCCCACGCUCCGGACGUACCUCAACAUCGCAUCGCUUGCCAACCUGGCCAACGUGCACAAGACGGGAGACGAAUGGCACGCCCGCGGCGACCCCACCGAGAUCGCGAUCCAGGUUUACGCCUCGAGGUUCAACUGGAACAGGCUGCGCCUGGCCGGUGGCGACCAGCCCGAGUGGCGGCAGGUCACCGAGUUCCCGUUCGACUCGGACACCAAGAAGAUGUCGGUCGUCUUCCAGCACGUCGCCAGCCACGACCUGCACGUCUUCACCAAGGGCGCCGUCGAGCGCGUCAUCUCGUCGUGCGAGACCAUCGCCAUCGGGGGCGAGGACGGCGCAGAGACCAGCAUCGUGCCCAUCACCGACGAGCACGUCGCCGACAUCAUGAAGAACAUGGAGUCCCUGGCCCGCAUGGGUCUCCGCGUGCUCGCCUUUGCCAACCGCGAAAACGUCCGCGAGAUUUCCGAAAAGGAGCAGCCCGAGCGCAACGAGUUCGAGGCCCACCUGACCUUCCGCGGCCUGAUCGGCCUCUACGACCCCCCGCGCCCCGAGUCCGCCGAGAGCGUGCACCUGUGCCAGCAGGCCGGCAUCUCGGUGCACAUGCUCACCGGCGACCACCCCGAGACCGCCCGUGCCAUCGCCAUCGAGGUCGGCAUCCUGCCCAAGACCCGCAUGGCCGAGAUCCCCGAGCGCACCGCCAAGACCAUGGUCAUGGCCGCCUCCGAGUUCGACAAGCUCACCGACGACGAGGUCGACGCCCUGCCCAACCUCCCCUUGGUCGUGGCCCGGUGUGCGCCCAACACCAAGGUCAGGAUGAUCAGCGCUCUCCACCGCCGCGGCAAGUUCGUCGCCAUGACCGGAGACGGUGUCAACGACAGCCCCUCGCUCAAGUCCGCCGACGUCGGUAUUGCCAUGGGUCAGGCCGGUUCCGAUGUGGCCAAGGAGGCUGCCGACAUUGUCCUGACUGACGACAACUUUGCAUCCAUCCUGAACGCCGUUGAAGAAGGACGCCGCAUGUUUGACAACAUCCAAAAGUUCAUCCUCCACGUCUUGGCCGAAAACAUUGCACAGGCUUGUACCCUCCUUGUCGGUCUCGUGUUCAAGGACCACACCGGCAUUUCGGUCUUCCCUCUCGCUCCCGUCGAAGUUCUCUGGGUCAUCAUGGUCACCUCGGGCUUGCCCGAUAUGGGUCUUGGCUUUGAGCUGGCCUCUCCCGACAUUCUCACCAGGCCACCGCAAAACCUCAAAGUCGGUGUCUUCACCCCCGAACUUCUUCUGGACAUGACCGUGUACGGUCUCUGGAUGUCGGCUUGCUGUCUGUCCGCCUUCGUCGUGGUCGUCUACGGUUUCGGCAACGGAGAACUCGGUGACAACUGUAACACCCAAUACUCGCCCCAGUGCGAGCUGGUGUUCCGCGCCAGAGCCACCACCUUUGCCUGCCUGACCUGGUUCGCCCUGUUCCUGGCCUGGCAGGUGGUGCACCCGCGCCGGUCCUUCUUCAACCUCCGGUCCUCGGGCGGGCCCAUCCUGACGCGCUGGAUCCGCGACGUCUGGAUGAACCGCUUCCUGUUCUGGGCCAUCGUGGUCGGCUUCGUCACCAUCUUCCCCACCAUGUACAUCCCCGUGGUCAACCACGAGGUGUUCAAGCACGAGGGCAUCACCUGGGAGUGGGCCAUCGUGGUCGUCGAGCUCAUCCUCUUCUUCGCCGGCGCCGAGAGCUGGAAGUGGGCCAAGCGCGUCUGGCACCGCCGCCGCAGCGCCAAGAAGAACCCCCACCACGACAAUGGCGACCUCGAGUCCAGGGUCUUUGGCAUCUACCUGCAGGACAGCCCCAACCACCACGACGAGCCCCUGCGCCAGCAGCCUGCCAACGGCAAGCGCCCCAGCAACGAGGGCACCGGCAACGACUCGGGCGCGAGCACCCAGGAGAAGACUCAAUGACGCUUGUUUUUUAUUUUGUUGGCAGGUGGAAUUCGUGAAAGAAGAAAAUCAAAAAUUUAUACCCAAAAGUCAGUCGUCAAUUGGCGUUAGUGGGCGUCGAAAAGCCCCGAGUAUGUAAUCAGUACCAACAGUCUGGAAAGAAUAAGAAGAGAAAAAAAAGGAAAGAAAAAAAGAAAGAAAAAAAACAGAGGCAGGAAACAUAGAAGGGGAAUCCGGUCAUGAGACCCG